CUUUUGUUUAGGCACUAAAACAACUGGGUCUUUUCAAGUCUAAGCCAUUGGGGGUGAGUUUUGCUUUGGUUGGUUUGCUCGUUUUUUUUUUCUUUUCUUGAUCUCUUCUCCUCCUUCCGGGGUUCGCGUUCGCGUCGCUCUCGUCUCGUCUCGUCAUGGCACCACUGAGGGGAGCCAAGCGGCGGAAGCGGCAGCCGGAGAAGGCGUUGCCGGCGGCGGGGCAGGCGAUGCCGGCGCCGGCGCCCGGCGGGGAUUGGUGGGACGGCUUCGCCCGCAGGCUUGCAGCAGGACAAUUUUCCAAAGACUGCCAAAACUUUGAGUCCGUCUUCAAGAUGUCGAGGAAGACCUUUGACUACCUUUGCUCUCUGAUUAGUGGGGACUUCACAAGAAAGACACAAAGUUUCAGAAAUUUCAGGUUUGGAGACAAGGCAAUUCUAGGCGUGGAAGAUCAAGUAGGUGUUGCUCUGUUAAGAUUGACCACCGGUGAGUCGCUUUUGAGCAUAGGGAACCGCUUCGGGAUGAACCACUCAGCUAUCUCAAACAUCACUUGGAAGUUUAUUGAGGCCUUGGAGGAGCGCGCUGCCAAUCAUCUUAAGUGGCCUACUCCUGAGGAGAUGGCAACCGUCAAAUCUAAGUUUGAAAAGAUUCAGGGCCUCCCCAACUGCUGCGGCGCCAUAGACACAACGCACAUCCUCAUGUGCUCUUCAGCUCAGCCUAACAGCAAUGUCUGGCUCGACGGCGAGAACAGGAACAGCAUGGUCCUGCAGGCCAUCGUCGAUGCCGACAUGCGGUUCAGAGACGUUGUCAGUGGCUGGCCUGGCAGCUUGAAUGACUCGUGCAUCCUGCGCACCUCAGGAUUCUACAGGCUCUGCGAGAAAGGCGCGAGGCUGGACGGACAAACGGAGCUUCCAGGAGAGCCAGCUGGGUCAGUGGUCAGAGACUACAUUCUUGGGGAUGCAAGCUACCCUCUCCUUCCCUGGCUGAUGACUCCAUACCGUGAGAAGGAUCUAUCUCCGGCGAAAGCCGACUUCAACAAGCGGCACGCCGCGACGAUCAUGGUGGUGCAGGGUGCUCUGGCCAAGCUGAAGGAGAGGUGGCAGGUUCUCAAGGGAGAGCUGUGGAGGCCGGACAAGCACCGGCUGCCGAGGAUCAUCUACGUCUGCUGCCUGCUCACCAACAUCAUGAUCGACCUCGAGGACGCGGCGAGGGGCGGCAUGCCGCCGUCGCACAACCACGACGACGGCUACCGGCAGCAGUUCAGCGAUGUCGCCGACGUCGGCGCGGCCGCGCUGAGGGACCAGCUGUGCCAGUAUGUGAGCAGGAUUGGCAGCAGUUUGCCGGCGUGAUUCUGGUCGCUUUGCUUGAUUACUUUUGUCUCUUUUUGUUUACCUUGACAUGAGAUGAAACAUACCAACAGGUGAUAGAAUUGUAAUGCGAAUUUUGGUUACUUUCGAUGA